UACAGCGCGCGCGCGCUGCGCUUCAAUAUUUACACGUGAAACCAUUUGAAAACAUGGCAGCACCUACGUCGAAUCCUCCGGUUCCAGAAAACGGGAAGAAUGCUGAUAUGUACAAGUACAGGUCUCCUUUGGUUUCCCGAUAUGCAAGCCCUGAGAUGGCCUACAACUUCAGUGAAGUGAAGAAGUUUUCAACCUGGAGAAAAUUAUGGUUAUGGCUUGCUAAAGGACAACAGACCCUUGGUCUUGAUGUCAGCAAUGAGCAGAUCAAAGAGAUGGAGGCCAACCUUGAGAACAUUGAUUUUGAGAUGGCUGCUGCGGAAGAGAAGAAGAGACGUCAUGAUGUCAUGGCUCAUGUUUACACCUUUGCUCAGUGUUGUCCCAAGGCUGCCCCUAUCAUCCACCUCGGUGCAACGUCUUGCUACGUCGGUGAUAAUACAGACCUGAUCGUGAUGAAGGAUGCAUUGUCGAUCUUGCUUCCUCGACUGGCACGCUGUAUACAGAGACUGGCUGUCUUCGCUGAGGAGCACAAGGCUCUUCCCACGCUUGUUACACACUACCAACCAGCCCAGCUGACAACGGUAGGAAAGCGUGCUUGCCUCUGGAUCUCUGAUCUCUGCAUGGACCUUCGUAACCUGACCAGGGCUAAAGAUGACCUCAGGUUUAGGGGCGUCAAAGGCACCACUGGGACACAAGCCAGUUUCCUAGCCUUGUUUGAAGGGAAUGGUGAGAAAGUAGACAUGCUGGAUGCAUUCGUUACCAACCAGGCUGGUUUCCCAAAGUCCUACAUGGUGACUGGUCAGACGUACAGUAGAAAGAUUGAUGUAGAUGUUUUAUCUGCCCUUGCCAGCCUGGGAGCAUCUGUCCACAAGAUCUGCACUGAUAUACGUCUGCUAGCAAACCUGAAGGAAGUGGAGGAGCCGUUUGAGAAGGAUCAGAUUGGUUCUAGUGCCAUGCCUUACAAACGUAACCCCAUGAGAAGCGAGAGGUGCUGUUCCCUAGCAAGGCAUCUCACAACGCUCGUCAUGGAUCCUCUGCAGACUCUCUCUGUUCAAUGGUUUGAAAGAACACUGGAUGAUAGCGCUAACAGGAGGAUAUGUAUAGCAGAAGCUUUCUUGACAGCGGAUGUCUUACUCAGUACUCUCCAGAACAUUUCAGAAGGAAUGGUCGUCUACCUCAAGGUGAUAGAGCGUCAUAUACUCCAAGAGCUUCCCUUUAUGGCAACUGAAAACAUGAUUGUAGCGAUGGUGAAGGCAGGGGGCAGCAGACAGGAUUGCCACGAGCACAUCCGGACUUUGUCCCAAGAAGCUGCAGCAGUGGUCAAGCAAGAAGGUGGAGAUAAUGACCUGGUAGCCAGAGUUAGAGGGUCAGCAUACUUUGCACCUAUUCAUGACCAGCUGGACAAGCUACUUGACCCAACCACCUUUGUCGGCAGAGCCCCAGAACAGGUGACCAAUUUCUUAGAGGCUGAAGUCAAACCAGCUCUCAAGCCCUUCGCAAGCUUUCUGGAUGGAAUAUCAGAGCUUUCAUUGUGAAGUUUAGAUGACAUUAUUAUUGCUUGUAUCAUGUCAAAUCCCUCCAGUGGUCACAAUUUACUUCAGUUGAAUACAUUCAAUCUCUUAUAUUCGCUCUAACGUAAAUUGGUUCCAUGUAUUGAUACCGUUGUACAUUUACGACGGGCGUGAUGUGCAUUUCUUUGUAGGAUUUAUAUAAGUGUUUCUAGGGUAAGAGGUAGGAUUUUUGUUAUGGUGUGGCAAGUCUGGAACAUGCAGGUACAUUGUAUUUAUGAGCAGCUUUUCUUUAUUUUUUGUUUUCUUAAAACUAUUAUUAUUAUUUUUUAUUUUUUUAAAUUUAUAUAUUUAGUAUUAGUAGAAGUAGUAGUAGUGGUAGUGGUGGUUACUUUACCAUACUGUUAAGAAAGCAUAAAUGCUUAUUAGUAAGCAACCAGGAUACCAACGGCUUAUGAUGAUUAAUGCAUGUACCUUUAUAUAUUUUAUUUAUUUUUAAUUUUUAUUAUUAUUUUUUAUUUUAUUUAUUUAUUUAUUUAUUUAUUUUUUUUUUUGGGGGGGGGGGGGGAGGGAGGAGAAGAGUGAAGUACAAUCAAGGGUCUAGCAAAAGCUAUGAGCUAAUGAAGUGGCAUAAAUAGUAACUUUCCCCGAGAGAAAAUUUGAUAUAACUUUGGCUCGAGGGAAAGUUGCUAUUUAUGCCUCUGAAUGGUCAUAGUUUGCUAGAGCCAUGAAAGAUAAUGUAUAUCUGUUUUAUAUCGCUCAUGAGCAUCUCACUAUUACAAAGAAACAUGUACUGUGAGCAUUUAGCAGCAAAGGCCUAAAUUACAUUAAAAGUGAAUGACUAACCAGAUCAGUUAAAAUGGCAAAAUUCAGCGAGCGUACAGGAUUUAAAAUGCCUCAUAGCUGGCAACUCCCGCGGUGUCACAGCGCCUACGCCGUGCACUUAACGCUGUGCAGUAACCACACUAGCACUAGAACACCACCGUAGUACCUGUACAGCGCCAGCUAAACAUAUUUGCAUCUUGCAAUAUUUCAUUUGAGCCAUGCAAAUUUCUUUUAUUUAUAUUUUUACUGUGAUAUGAAUGUGAGUACGGUACAUGUUAUUACAGAAGUGUCCAAGGAAUGAUACAGGUGGAAGGGGUGAACAAAAAAAUUACAAUGACUCAUUCUCAGAACAAGCUAAAACUAUUCAUACUCGUACUGGAGAACAUAAAUUUGGAUAUUGAUCGCAGAAAUAUCGAUGAUCGCGGUGGAGAAAGUGGAUUCCGGAAUGAACUAUCAAAUUUAAUAGCAAAACUAUCCCUUUUUCUUGCUAUGUACAAUCAAAAUGCAAAAAAAAACUAUACAUGAGGGAUAUAAUUGUAUCUAGUCUUUGGCUACUAUUAUGGGUUUAUGUGAUAUUCCAAUGACAUGUGGGUUUGAGAUCAUGGCUGAAUACAAUGUGCUAUUAAAGGGGGUGUAGCAUGGCAAAUACUGGUUGACGGCAUCUACAACUUCUUUUGGAAAACUGCAUGUAAACGAAUGGACUUGAUUAACGGUCAGUGCGCUAGUGUUCGCGAAAUAGACCGGAGUUCUUCUCACGUUUCGGUUUUGCAUAUGUUGCACGCAUGUGAAUACUGCGGUUGUGUUAUCAGUAGUCGUAUUAUACCGAUUGGCCCCGAGUCAGGCCACGGGAAAAAAACGUAGUCUCAUUAUGCUGUAUCCCCUUUAAGCAUACUUCAUGUUAUUUUUGUACCUAUAACAGUACUGUUCUUAUGACUCUGUACCAAUAUUUUAUGUGUGAAUUCAGUCAACCUUCUGAAGACCUUUGCAUACAAACAUUACUUUCCUAAUAGAGGUGUUGUAGUUUAGUGGUUCAUUCAUUUGACUUGUAAUCCAAAGGUUGAGGGUUUAAAUCUCAGCCUGGCGCUAACAUAAUUUGGCAAGUCCUGGUAGUAGUAGUUUGCAAUGCACAGUGAGCGUGCGUAAAUUGAAGCCUGGCUAGUAGGCUCCCCAUGGAGUGGAGAAUGUGCAUACAAUGUGUGAAGUCAAGCCUGAAUCAGAUGACCAGCCCGAGUUAAAAAAUAUCUCUGUUAAACAAAUGGAGACAUCAUUGGUGUAAAAGGCAGUACAUAAAACCAGAUCAUUACUAUUAUUAUUUCCGAUCAUUGUUGUUUGAUGAUGUUCUCAGAUACACAUUUUCUUGUCCAUGCUUUAAUUCUUCUUCAAACAUUAUCAGAAUGUCACUUGCUUAGAAUCACUUUUUUGUAAUUAAUAACUACUGUAUACAAAUACAUGUAUAUGUCUAACUGCAAUUUCAAUUAUUGAAGUCAUCAAGUGUAUUAAAUUUUCAUUUUAAAAGUAUGAAGAAAUAAACAUACAUUGAAUGUGCCGAAAAUAGACCAUCAUCAUUCUUUCCCAGUA